AUGAAUGCAAUUCGUGAAGUAGCAGCAAAAUUAAAGUCCGAGGAUAUUUUGGUAAUUUCUGGUGAUUUUAAUUUAUCAAACUUGGAAUGGUUUACAGACGAAAAGGAAGAUUGUGACAUUGCCAUCCCACUGAAUGCAUCCUUGGAAAAGGAAACCACUGUUUUGGACUCCAUGCAUGAAAUGGGACUUGUUCAAGUAAACAAAAUUGGGAAUAAAAACGGUGCGAUGUUAGACUUGGUGUGGACAAAUUGUACAGAGACCGUGAGUUGCUCAAAAAACACCCAUCACCUAUUGAAAAAGGAGUCACAUCACUGUGCAUACGAGCUAAAAGUCAGUGAUAUUGAGUCUAUCCAGAGUAAUUCGAUUUCAAAUUUUAGUUAUCGUGAUUUUACAAAUGCCAACUACGAAGCAAUUAAUGAGAAGCUCAACGACAUUGAUUGGUCAAACAUUUUCUCUGGUGAUGUUUUGGAUUCUCACAUUAGUAAAUUCUACGAACUGAUUGAUUCAGUAAUCUCAUCGAAUGUUGAGCUGAAAACAAAGAAGAUCUCGAGUCAUCCAAAAUGGAAUGGUGAUCUUCCGAAUGGAAUGGUAUUUGGAGACAAAAAAAGUGGAAACAAUCGUGAAAUAGCACAAUUUUUCGCAACACAUUUUGCCAAAGCAUUAACCAAACCAGAUUCUAGCAUAAUUGAUGAUAAUUCAGGAGAUGAACCAUUUCUGAAAGAUCUAUGUGCUAACUUUCCUACGAUUGACAUCACCGAAGAGUUGGUUUUGGAUGCUAUAAAUAACCUUCCGAACAAUAUGGUAUCAGGACCGGACGAAAUACCAAAUGUUUUCUUGAAAAAAUGUCUUCCAGCACUGCUAAAGCCAAUAACAUACAUGCUAAAAGAAUCGCUUGAAACUGGAUUUGUGCCGGAGAUUUGGAAAAAAUCAUUCGUGAGACCGGUACACAAAAGUGGUCUCAGAACCAACGUUGAAAACUAUCGUGGUGUAGCUCUACAGUGCAUAAUUCCAAAGUUGCUUGACUCCAUUGUUGCAAAGCACCUUAAUUACAACAUGAUAAAUAUCAUUGAUGACAGUCAGCACGGAUUUAUGAAAGGGAGAUCAACAAUAACAAACUUAGCUGAGUUUACAUCGUGUGCAAUAUUGGGCAUGGAAAACCAUAUACAAACUGAUGCAAUAUACCUAGAUAUUGCAAAGGCCUUUGACUCGGUCAACGUCGAUUUACUUAUCAACAAAUUGGCUAUUAUGGGACUAAAUGAACAAUUACUCAAAUGGAUCAAGUCAUAUUUGCAUGGUCGCCAACAAAUUGUGAAAUUGAAUAAUGAUAUGUCAAGCCCAAUUGACGUUACGUCGGGAACUGGACAAGGAUACCCGAUUG